AUGGACUCGACAAUGACCGGGUCCAAGGGCGAUAAACCCAUCCUUCCAUUCUCAGUUCUUCUCUUUCUCCUUCUGGGAAUGACUUGUUCCUGCGCCAAUGGUUCCCUUGUGAAGGUCAACAAAGGGUUAAAGGUGAGGCGGGGUCAGUCAGCCUACCUCCAGGAAGGCGACCUCCAGUUCUUGAUCCCGCUUCACAAAAAUGCCUGUAAGGUGGAGGUCGUCUUAAACGAGGCCAUCACCCAACGAGUGGGCAAAUUCCGGCCUCAGGUAUUCGACUGCCAUUAUCAGGAUAACGAGGUCAAAUACGUCCAUAAUGGCUGUCCCCUGUUAACGGAGGACACAGUCAAACUUCAGCUGUACAGGUUUACUGACACCGACACAUACAUGGAAGUGUUUUAUCUUCAUGUUGACAUUGUGGAACCUGAAUGCAGCAUCAUGAAGCUGGGGCCCAAAACUCUAGAGGUUUCUGCUUAUGGGAUAUCGGACGCUCUGGAUGGAAACGUGGUGUCUUUCCACUACGAGAGAAGGGCGAGCUUGGAGUGUAUGAUCUAUAUUGACACUCCAAACACCCACUUGCCGGCACACGGACGACUCAUUAGCUCCACGCCACAGAACCGUGUGAAGCAACGGGACAACCUGACCAGCGACAUCCAUGUAAAGAGGCAACGAGAACAUUUAAAAAUCGUGUCAUCAUGCGGCUUGGACAACUGCCUUGAGAACGUACAGAUUGUGGAGUUCCUCAAAAUUUCCUGCGAUGACUUCUUGGUGAUGGGGCUGAAAUAUCAGCACAUGGACCCUCCUUCUCCUGACAGAGAUUACGUCGUCUUCAGGCUUGACCUCAAGGACACAAGGAGCGAAAAUAUAUAUAAGUCCGAACAGAUCUGGAUUCCAGUUCGGAUUAAUGGCGCGUUGGCUAACCGACCCCCGGCAGCGUCGUUCAUGCCAACAUUCAUCCUGGAGGUGGACCAGUUUGUCCUCACCCCGUUGUCUACAACCACGUUGGAUGCCCACGACGAUGAAACGCAGAAGGAGCGUUUGAUUUUCAACAUCACUGAGCUUUCGCCAACGGGCGGUUUCAUCGCUCACCUGUCGGACCACACUCGUCCGAUCAACUCCUUCACGGGGUUGGAUCUGAGUGACAUGCUCAUCGGCUAUCAGCCCCCGAACUCCUCGCAUAGCCGGCAUAGGAACUACGAGAUGGAAAUUGAAGUUCAUGAUUUUUUCUUCGAGAGGAGCCCACCGAUAAAGGUUCACGUGUCUGUGCGGACCGCCGACACCAAUGCGCCGAAAGUCUCUUGGAACAUGGGUCUCAGCCUGUUGGAGGGUCAGUCUCGCCGGAUAACGUGGGAGCAGCUGCAGAUUGUGGACAAUGACAACAUAGACGCUGUCCGUAUCAUUGUGGUGGGCGGCCUUCUACAUGGGAGGCUGACUGUUCGAGGCAGAAAGGGCUUCAUGUUUACCGUCAGUGACAUAAAAGCCGGCGUCGUUUGCUAUAACCACGACGACAGCGACUCCACCAGUGAUUUCAUUGUGUUCCGCAUCACUGAUGGCCAUCACCACACCCGUCACAAGUUUCCUGUUAAGAUUCUCCCGAAGGACGACAGCCCUCCGUUCCUUGUGGCCAACGUCCUGCUGGAGGCGUUGCAGGGUCAGAUUCUCCUGCUGAAAGGCUCCUUCAUUCAAGCGUCCGAUAUGGACUCCAGCGAUGACUACAUCCUUUUUAAUAUAACCGCGCACCCACAGGCGGGGGAGAUCAUGAAGAUUCCAGGACCAGGGCUAACAGGUUAUAAUGUCAGCAAAUUUCUCCAGAGGGACCUCUCUCAGUCCAUGAUUUAUUACCGACACACAGGAAAUGAGAUGUUCGAUGACUCGUUUGAGGUGGUCCUAUCCGAUAUCCAGGAUCCCCCAAACUUGUCAGAACCUCAGGUGAUCGUACUACACAUUGAGAGCAAACCUCAACAGCCACCUAAAGAGGUUCCAGGUACCAGGCGGUGUCUCGUGGUCAAAGAGACAGAUGUGGUACUUUUGACACAGGAGCACCUUUAUUUCCAAGACAAAGAGUCACCACUAGAUGGCGAUGUCACCUACGCCGUCACGACUCUGCCUUUCUACGUAGACGGCCAAAGCAGUGUAGACGCCGGAAGGUUGUUCCUUGUGGACAGCAUACCCAAAUUUGUCAAAGACGCCAAUGCACCAGUGUUGAAGCUCUUCACGCAGCAUGCCAUCAACUUCAUGAAAGUAGCCUACAUGCCUCCUAUCCCUGAUAUUGGUCCCUUUCCUCAACACGUCCAGUUUGUUCUCUCUGUAACAAACCAACAUGGCAAAAAACUGGAUGGAAUCUGCUUUAAUGUCACUGUGCUGCCAGUGGACAACCAACCACCGCAGGUCAUUACCAACCCUAUAGUGGUAGAUGAAGGUGGGAGUAGCCGGCUAGGCCUGGAACAUCUAAUAUUGUCAGAUGUGGACUCCGUUAAAGAUGUAUUGCGGUUGGAACUCCUGAGGGAACCGAAGCACGGAACCCUGCAGCUGAACAGCUUGCCUCUAAAACCGGGACAAGAUUUUAGCCUGCAUGACCUGACGAGCCAUAUAGUUAGGUACAACCAUGACAAUUCAGAAACUGCAGAGGACAACAUUGACUUUGCAGUCACUGAUGGAACCAAUAAGAUCAGUUUUAGUCUACAAGUAAAGAUAAUGCUUAUCAAUGACGAGGCACCUGUUUUGGUUCCUGGCUUGAAACCCGUACUUAACUGUGAUGAAGGACACACAGCUGUCAUUACAGCUGAGUACAUCUGCGCUACUGACAUUGACAGUGACAACAACAGCCUUUCCUUCCUGAUAGCUCGGCAGCCCUCUCAGGGUUUGGUGCUGAGAAACGGCACUGUCGUGGAUCACUUUGUUCAGGCGGAUAUCGUCGCCAGUGUUAUUAGCUACAAACACACAGGGCCGGAGAUUGGACUCACUCCUCAACAUGACACUAUCAGCUUUGUGAUUUCUGAUGGCGAAAGGGAACAGUUGGCUUCAUGCUGUGAUGGAAGAGCAGGAACAGCACUUCCUGUGCUUGAUCUUCAUGUAACCAUUUUCCCAGUCAACAGCCAGCCACCCUCACUCAGAACAGGUGACGUCUUUGUGGUAGACGAAGGGGGGAUCUCUCUGAUAACGAAAAAUCAUUUGAAGGUGUCCGACGAAGACACUCCGUUGGACGAGCUGGUGGUCACUUUGAUGACGCCACCUCAAUUUGGGUUCCUUGAGAAUGUCCGCCCUAGACCAGGUUUUGAGAAAAGCAACAUGGGUGUAAGCAUAGAUUCAUUUUCUUACAAAGACAUCAUUGACGGGCAAGUAAACUAUGUGCAGUCCAGGCACCAAAAGACAGAGCCGACAACUGAUCACCUUGUCCUCUGUGUGUCAGACGGACGAUUCAGUUCUGGUCCUUUACCAUUCAACAUUGUCGUCAAACCGACAAAUGACGAAAUCCCAGAGUUUUUGGCUCAAAAUAUUACAGUACAAGAAGGAGGCAUGAAGCAUCUGGACUUGUCUGUGUUCCAUGUGAUGGAUCGGGAUAUCCCUGAUGAUUUCCUACUCUUUCGUAUUGUUAAACCGCCUGGUCAUGGCAGUAUCAACAAGCAACAGGGAGCACUUUUUCAAACUGAUGGGGUUGACUUCACAAUGGCGGAUCUGAUCAAUGGUAAAGGCGUGAUGUACGCACACGACGACUCUGAAUAUCCAGAUGACAGUUUUACUGUCCAGCUAACUGAUGGCCGACACCAAAUCCAAAGACAGGUGACGGUGAAAGUACUACCAAUCAACGACGAAAAACCUCAUUUGAUAAGAAACAUUGGACUGAAGGUGAAACCAGGAGAGGCCAUACUCAUAACCAGCCGAACACUCUUUGCGCAGGACCGUGAUACUCCGUCUUCACAGGUCUUGUACAAAUUGACAAGAGUUCCUACGCAAGGAUUAUUACAGAUUAAGCAAGCGGAAGACUGGGUUCCGCUGCUGGGUAAAGGAAACUGUUCCCAGGAAACGGUGGACGUGAAUCGUCUGCGCUACGUGCACCGAGACCCGUUUGGUAACACCACCCGGGAUUUCUUUGUUUUCUACUUAUACGACGGAAGGAAUGAGUCUCCCUUACAGCAUUUCAACAUAUCCAUCAAACACGUGAAAAAAGGAAAUAUUGCUGUCUUUGUCAGGCCUGUGAACGUCAGCCGCGGCGGUCGCGUGGUUCUUACCACCGAUGCACUGUUUGCCACGGACGGUACAGACAAGCCCGAGGAGCUUGUGUUCCUUGUUACCGCCCCGCCUGCUCAUGGAUAUUUGGAGAACGUCAAGCAUCCCGGUGUGACCAUCUCCACCUUCAGCCAGAUGGACGUAGCAUCGAACGUCGUGGCCUACGUGCACGACAAGAGUGCGGCCACUUCCAAUGGAACUGUCCAGUUUGUCGUCAGCAACAAUGAGACGAGCCAAAGAGGAAUUUUAGAAGUUGCAGUGACAACGGCGGAUAGUAUACCGCCGACAUUAACCAACAAGGUCCUCAUAAUCAUUCGAGGGUUGUCAACGGUCUUGAGUCCGGAGCACCUCUCCAUGUUCGACCCCGACACCUCUCCUGGCUCCCUGACCUUCCACAUUCGGAAUCCUCCCUGCCACGGCGUCCUGGUUUUGCGCGACACCCCGCUGACUGCCGGUUCCAAUUUCACCCAGCAAGAUGUGGAGGAGCUGGAGGUGACGUACAAACACAACGGCGAGGCUUCCGAGAUCGACCGUUUUGAGUUUGCCGCCACAGACGGCACCGAUCGCGGCGUCCUCCUGGACGGGCGGUUACGAACGGAACCUUUUUUGUUCACCAUUCAGAUCAAACCUGGACCUACAUCACAUCCAGAAGUUGUGAUGCGGCUUCUCCUUUGGAAGGCAGAGCUUCUAAGUGACGGACGAUAUGGGAUCUUUCUGUCUUGCGAGCUGAAAUCUCAAAACCGCAAAGAAGAGCAGCUAACAAUUUCUAUCCUUCAGCAGCCGUAUUUUGGCUACCUGGAAAAUAUGACGACGGGUGGUUUUGCUCGUCGACGCAUUCCUCAAACGGAACUGAACGGGAGAACUGUGGUAUACAUCAUCAAUCCAAAGAUGGAGUCUCUGAUGGACACCUUGAAGUUUAGGGUGUGCGUUCCUAAAUACAACGUCGGGCCUUCUCAGAUACUACAACUGAGCUGGUCCAGCAUUGAACUGGCUAAGUCUGAGUACUCUGUGUGCGAGGAUGACAAAACGGUCUUGGUGGAGAUCAUCCGCAAAGGAUAUAUAGCGGAGUCGUCGUAUAUCACUGUCAAGGUGAAGGAGGUGACUGCAACGGCAGGGAUGGAUUUUCUCUUAAGUACUUCUUCUCUAGUGCAGUUUGACCCAGGGGUCUCUAGAAAGAUAUGGAAAAUCGAACUCCUUCAGGAUCAACUUGAAGAAGCGGAUGAAAUAUUUGAAGUUCUACUGGUUCAACCAGAGAGCGCCAUUAUUGGCCGCAUCAAUAAAGCUCACGUUACCAUUAAUGACUCAAAAAAAGGCAACCAGGACAGAAUCAGGGGAAAAGAUGUUCAUGGUCCUAAAUAUGUUCAGUCUGCAUCCCUUGGUGCAGAAUCGGUCCGCAAUACCAAUGAAGGCUGCAACUCAAAGCCUAAAAUGGACCUUUCCAAAAAGGACGUCAGAGUUGAUGGCAAAUCGAAUGGUAAUAUCCAAGUGGAAAAUAAUGCCUUGCUGACAACAAAAAGAAGGAAAGCAAAGGUCCGUCUUCUUAGCAGGUUGGACAAGCGUGGACCUCAAAACCCCCUCGCCAAACCUGGAAAAACUCAAGUUACCAAUGGACGGAAAAGAAAAACCCGUAUUUGUCCUCGAGGUUGGACUUUCCACAAUGGUCACUGCUACGUCCUGGACAGGAAGCACAAAACCUCAUGGAGCACUGCGAGUCACAACUGUAAAGUGAGAUUUAAGGGCACCCUGGCGAGUGUUUUAUCAAAGCGCGCCAUGGACUGGUUGUGGGAUUUCGGUGAACGGAGACCGUUCUGGAUAGGACUCAACAACAGAGACAGCAAAGGAUUGUGGAAUUGGCUCGACGGAGAGACGCUAAAAUACACAAACUGGAUGACGGUGACACCACCUGCGAAAAGUGGUAAAAAGUGCGUCCUCGUGGGGAGACGGGGAAAGUGGCAAAUUCGGGACUGCGAGAGCAAAUGUAGGCAUAACUAUAUAUGUUCUGUCAAAAUUUGACUCCACAACAUUUAUGAAGACUGCCCCCCUCCAAUGAAAAAGUGACCCAUCAGCCUUUGUUAGAAUAAUCAUGUAUAUAUAUUAUCACACAACUUUAGUAUGCUUAAAGUCCAUUGCUAUAGUUAUUAGCUAUUGUGCUCAAGCUGUAUUUUUCCUAUCUGUGCAAGGACAAAACUUCUUGUCUGAGGGGUGGCCUCAGCCGCAGAUGUUAUCUUUGUUUUAGCCCGCUAACAGCCAAGGACUUCAAGGACCUCAACGAAGAUAAGACGACAGCACGCAGACGAAGCAGAGACAAGGCGAAAUCACAAAGCCCCCCAGCACAUUCUGUCACGUAUUGUGCGUACUGGACUUGGUUUGCAUGAUAUAUGUGACCACUCCUUUUAGAGGCGGCCUCAGUGAUGUUGACUAGGGAACUCCUGAAUAAAUAGAGGGACGCGGGAGCUGUACCUUAGAGCGUAGGGCGAGACUGUGACUAAGUGUGCAGCUCCAUGCGUUCUCCUCAUGAGCUAAAUUGAACUCUGUCUCUGCAGGAUUCCUUGCUUCUUGUCUGUUUAAUAAAUGUCAUCAGUGUUUGAACCUGACACCCUUAUUGGAAAUCCCACGAGCUUAAAAAUGGCUCCCAUUUCAUUUGAAAUAUAGUGACAUGGGGGUAUGGGGCAGGGCGAGUUACCUGUCAUUUUUGU